GCUGAAGCUCUAUAGUCUCUCCCUAGAGCUUUGCCGUUCGGCACAGCUGCUUAAGUACUGUGGCUCCGCCCGCCCCGCGCGGCAGCGACAUGGAGGAGUUCGACUCUGAAGACUUCUCUACCUCAGAGGAGGACGAAGACUACGUGCCGUCGGGUGGAGAGUAUAGUGAAGAUGAUGUGAAUGAAUUAGUGAAGGAAGAUGAAGUGGAUGCUGAAGAGCAGACACAGAAAACCAAAGGGAAAAAAAGAAAGGCUCAGAGCAUUCCGGCCAGGAAGAGAAAACAAGGUGGCCUCUCAUUAGAAGACGAAGAAGAGGAGGAUGCUCACGAGGAGUCCGAGGGAGGUAGCAGUGAGGAGGGAGAUGCAGCUGCAGAGCAGGAAGAAGGCCUGGGGUCGGAGGCUGCAAGGAGGAAGAAGGAGGACGAGCUGUGGGCCAGCUUCCUCAAUGAUGUGGGACCAAAACCUAAAGGGCCCCCAAGUACACAAGUUAACAGAGGAGAGAAUACUGAAGAGACAAGUUCAAGUAAAUCGUUGGUUAGAGCUGAAGAGCUUGAGAAACCGAAAGAAGCUGAAAAAGUUAAAAUCACUAAGGUGUUUGAUUUUGCUGGUGAAGAAGUCAGGGUGACUAAGGAAGUGGAUGCUACAUCUAAAGAAGCCAAAUCUUUCUUCAAGCAAAAUGAGAAGGAGAAGCCACCGGCUCCUGUCGCUGCAGCGCUGCCGUCACUCCCUGCCGGGUCUGGGUUAAAAAGAUCAAGUGGCAUGAGCAGCCUUUUGGGGAAAAUUGGAGCCAAGAAGCAGAAGAUGAGCACCCUAGAGAAGUCCAAAUUGGACUGGGAGAGCUUCAAGGAGGAAGAGGGCAUUGGCGAGGAACUAGCCAUCCAUAAUCGAGGGAAGGAGGGGUACAUUGAACGGAAGGCUUUUCUAGACCGAGUGGACCACAGGCAGUUUGAAAUCGAGCGAGAUCUCCGGCUGAGCAAAAUGAAACCCUGAUGUUAAUGCGGGAAACCAAUAGCAGCUUAAUCCCGUUUACAAUGUGAGCUUCUGGUGCGUCUGUGAAACGUUUCCGGUGUUUCUCAUCCAGCUGUUUCCCAGCAAGGUCUUUUUUCUACGUUGAAUUUCUGUCUUUGUAUCUUGACCUCACGUGGUUUCAUCCAUUUUACUUUUAAAAGUUUGUCCUUGAAAAAAAUAAAAAUAAAAGUUGGUCCUGCGAGAGGCUGGUGAAGAUGAGGACAGCACUGGCCUUCCCUUUGUUCUCCUGCGAAGGCCGCCAGCCAGGCCCGCACGUCCCAGCCUGCCUGCACUGGCCCCCGGGAGGAGAGCCGGCCACCCUAGGUGGAUUUCUGGGGCCUGUUCUGGAGUCAGCCUUGCCCCAGAGACCAAGGGAGGAAGGCUCACGAGGGUGGAUGGAAUGCCAAGUCCCUGGCAGUUUUGUUCUUGAUCCGCUGCUGCUUCUCUCCUGCCCUCUUCCUCUCUCUGAACGGAAUUUCCACUUGCUAGUGUAAGGUUAGGCUGAAAAUAAGCAUGUAUUAUUGCUGAAUUAGAGAUAUUUGUUUCCUCUUCCCAAAGUUUCAAGUCAGUUUAAGAUGUGCCCCCACCUCAAUAAUUCUUUUGUCAGUCAAAGAAGACUGCAGAAGACUUUUGUAUACUCCUUAGGAACAUUUAAAUUCCAAACUUAAUAGUAAUAAAGUAGUAAACCCCAC